AUGUCCUUCGCGCCUUUCAUGCGCCAACGACAACAACAACCGCAAGUGCAGCCGCAGGCCCAGGGCGUGCGGCGGCGACUAGUUGGCGUCAUAAACACGCUUGGGGGAAUGAGACUGGCACCCGGUGAAUGGCUUCUCGACAUUGGAGCCGAGGAUCACCUGACCUUCACGCCUGAGGACGUGGAGGGUCUGAAGCCGGUGCGCGAGGGCGAGGGUGUCGUUUUUGAGGUGGCGGAUGGGCGGACGGUUAGCUCGAUUGAGGAGUCGCUCUCUUCCGGUACUGAUGAUGAGGGCCCCAGGAGGGCGCCCUUGGUCGAGAUCGAGAUGAAUCCCGUAGGCGGGCCGGCUGGCGACGAGGGGUCGGAUGACGAGCCGGGGCCGUUGAUUGAUGACGAUGAGGCGUCGGAUUGGUCCGAGUCUGAUCGUGAUGAUGACGGUGAAGUGGAUGAGGAGGCGAAUUUUAAUAUAGGCUGCCAUGUGAUCUUUCAUGAAUUUGUGAUCCAGGGGAAUGGAAUUGUAUGCAAGAAAUCAUUGCGGCCCACCUGGGAGAAUUUCAACGAAACCAAUUGGGCUUGCCGAGCGCAGGUCUUAGCCACCGCAACGCAGACCGUACUCUACCCAAAUUUUCCAUUCUUCCAAUGCUCCCGGGGUACAUCACCAUAUAGCCUGACUCAAGGAGUGACGGCCUUUGGCAACGGUACCUAUUGCUUCAAGCUCAACGUAGUGCCGGUCAGCGGAUCCACAGGAUACUGCGCGACGAAGGCUGACCUCCGCAAAAUUGAGAUUAACGUCCGCCCGUCAUGUGACACCGAUGGUACAAUUGUCAGGGCUACCAUUAACGGCGUGUUCACUGCGGGUGCAAACGUGUUGUACCCGAUUGCUAUUCCGGAGGGUGAAUGCAAUGCCUUAGCGGAAGUCGCCGUGGAGAGUAUCUCCAAUGUAACCGCUGCUAUGGGUGUAAGGUUUCUGGGUGCCCCUCGAAUUACAUGUGCCCCAUCUUACAUCAGCAUCUGUGCCACAUUUUUCUCGGAUGAAGAUGGCGCCAAAUUGCAGCCUUACAUUGCAGAUCUGGUUAACCCCUGGCUUGGUGCAGUAACUGGCGGAGGCCCGGCCUGCCGCGCUUUCCUUAAUGGUUACACCAUCGCCAUCACUGUGGGACCUGAGGGGGAUCCUUUCAACGUGCGCACCGACGGCUGCCUCUUCUACACAACCUCUCUUGCUUGCGCGGCCCAGAAGGUUGACUAUCCCAAGUGCAAGUGCGUAACCCGCCAGCGAGCGACACCGUUUGCGGCCAUCCCAAUCAUCAUGACAUACCCCGGUCGCAAGAACUAUACUGUGCUGCAGUGCUUCAAGAUUUUCGCGGUUGCACCGUACUCGCCCAAUAGCGAUUGCGGCCGCACAACCACCCUGCGUUCUGUGGAGUUUUGGGCGAAUGACGAUCAGCGCGGUCGGGUGAAGGCCAUCGGGUUGCGGGCCGCGGGCGCGACUGAAAUGACCUUCGUCUCGGAGCUUUGGGGUCCUGUGGGUGAUGACACGCUUAAAACACCGGCCUUUAAUUGGAACAUGACCCAGGCCAACGGUGGCGAAAUCUGCUUGGAGCUGGAGUACAUCACAGAUCUCAGCCGCUUUUGCGUCUACGGUGACGAGACUUGUUGGCUCGCUCUCUUCGACGAGUCGAAGGACUGCUGUCCGCUGUAUUCGGCCUCCGUACUGGGCUAAAUGCAGUUGCCGACAUCCGAAGCCAUUAUUGGCGGCCAAACAGCUUGUAUGGAUGAAGAUCGGCUGGUGACCAUCAGCAGCCCUUGAUGAGCUGCCUCUCUUAGCUUCAACCAUUCUAACCACACUGCAGGUGGGUUGUAUGUACGCCAACCUUCCCCAUGCGUGGAGCGAAUAGAGCUGAGGCGAGCGCUCUCUUGCUCGUGAUGCUGUGCUCCCCCUAUUAUUGGUACCACAUAUUUAGCCACCAAGGUGGUUUGCUUGGAGACACUUCCAUGUAUGCUAACGGCCGCACAGAACCAUGUUUUCACACACACAUCACUGAAGGCAGUCCUACGAGACGGAGGUAGAUC